AUUCGAUCAAAUGAAAAUUUUUCAAAUGUGAUUAAUCCUGAACAAAUUGAACAAAUUAUUUCUUGGAUAGAUCCUUCAUCUUCCAGUAUUAAUCAUGGUCUUGAAUUAAUUCUCAGGGGUAGCCAAGAUGGUUUUACCGAAAAUAUCUUUUACAAAAAGUGCAAAAAUAUAAAUAAAACAGUAAUAGUUUUGAAAGUUCGGGAAACAACUGAGAUUCUUGGCGGUUAUAACCCGCUUACUUGGGAUAAGCAAAAAGGGCAGAGAUACAAAGAAACAAAUGAUAGCUUUAUUUUUGCUUUAAAAGAAAAUGGCAUUGAUUCUAUAUAUAGCAGAGUUAAGCGUGCUGAUUGUGCAAUUUAUUGUAAAAAAAACUCAGGCCCAUCUUUUGGUUAUUCGGACCUCUAUAUGGUUAAAGAAUCUCAAAAAUCUCAAGUGAAAAAAUUUCAAAUAGAAGAAUACGAA